CAUGCCGAAGGGAGCGCGACCGGCGGGGCCCAAACAGGAGGAAUGGAAGGGGGGGGGCGACGACCAGCCCGUCAAGAAGGGCAAGAAGGACCGGCGGGGCAAGAAAUCCUUCUUCGAGGAGUUGGCGGAGGAGGAGAAACCCCCCCCCAAAAACGAGGCCCCCCCGGCCCACGACAAGGAGGGGCCCCCCCAGGGGUCCCGGCGGAAGCGGGAGCGCCGGAAGGAGCCGCGGCCACGCCCGGGGGCGGAGCCUGAGCCCGAGGAGGAGGAGCUGCAGCGGCGCCUCCAGGCCCUGGCGGCCGCUGACUCCGAGGAGGAGGAGGAGGAAGUGGUGGCCCCCAGGAAAGGAGGGAGGAGGAGGAAGGGUGGGAACGUGUUCGCGGCGCUGAGCCGGGAGCAGAGCGAGGAGGACGAGGAGGAGGAGCAGGACAAGAGGGGGAGCGAAGCCCCCCGGCCCCCCAAGGGCAAGAACAACAAGCAGGAGGAGGAGGAGGGGGAGAAGAAGAAGAGGAAGGGCCACAAGAGCGAGAAGCCCAAAGGGAAGCAGAAGGGCAAAGCUCCCAGCGAGGAUGAGGCCGAAGGCUCCGAGGAGGAGGCGAAGCCCAAAGGGGGGAAGCAGAACAAGUUCCUGGCUCUGAGAGGGGAUGAGGAGGAAGAGGAGGAGGACGAGGCCGAAGAGCCCCGGAAAGGGAGCGAGGGCGAGGAUGAGGAGGGGUCUGGGCCGAAGGUGGGGCCCGACCCGCGGGUCAGCAAGAAGGAGAAGAAGAAGAUGAAGAAGAUGCUGGAGUAUGAGAGGCAGGUGGCCACCAUGAGAGCGGCCGCGGUGGCCGCCGACGGCGACUUCUCGGUGUCCCAGGCCGAGCUCUCGUCCCGCCAGGCCAUGCUGGAGAACGCCUCCGACAUCAAGCUGGAGAAGUUCAGCAUCUCAGCGCACGGGAAGGAGCUGUUCGUCAAUGCUGACCUGUACAUCGUGGCCGGCCGGCGCUACGGCCUCGUGGGGCCCAACGGCAAAGGGAAGACGACGCUGCUGAAGCACAUCGCGAACAGGGCACUGAGCAUCCCCCCCAACAUCGACGUGCUGCUCUGCGAGCAAGAGGUGGUGGCCGACGACACCCCCGCCGUGCAGGCCGUGCUGCGGGCGGACACGAAGCGGCUGCGGCUACUGGAGGAGGAGAAGCAGCUCCAGGCGCUGCUGGAACGCGGAGACGACGCGGCCGCUGAGAGGCUCGAGAAGGUGUACGAGGAGCUCCGAGCCAUCGGCGCAGCCGCGGCAGAGCCCAAGGCCCGCCGGAUCCUGGCCGGGCUGGGCUUCAACCCCGAGAUGCAGAACCGGGCCACCAGGAAGUUCUCAGGGGGGUGGAGGAUGAGGGUGAGCCUGGCCAGGGCCCUGUUCAUGGAGCCCACGCUGCUGAUGUUGGACGAGCCCACCAACCACCUGGACCUGAACGCCGUCAUCUGGCUCAACAAUUACCUCCAGUCCUGGAAGAAGACCCUGCUGGUGGUUUCCCACGACCAGGGGUUCCUGGACGACGUCUGCACCGACAUCAUCCACCUGGACUCCCAACGGCUGCACUACUACCGGGGCAACUACAUGACCUUCAAGAAGAUGUACCAGCAGAAGCAGAAGGAGCUGCUCAAGCAGUUUGAGAAGCAGGAGAAGAAGCUCCGGGACCUCAAGGCCGGCGGGAAAUCCACCAAGCAGGCCGAGAAGCAGACGAAGGAGGCCCUGACGCGGAAGCAGCAGAAGUGUCGCCGCAAGGCCCCGGACGAGGAGGCGGCCGAGGCGCCCGAGCUGCUCAAACGGCCCCGCGAGUACACCGUGCGCUUCACCUUCCCCAACCGCCCCCUGAGCCCCCCCAUCCUCGGCCUGCACGGGGUGGAUUUCGGGUACGAGGGGCAGGAGCUGCUUUUCCGAAACCUGGACUUUGGGAUCGACAUGGAAUCCCGAGUUUGCAUCGUGGGCCCCAACGGGGUCGGGAAGAGCACUUUGCUGCAGCUGCUCACGGGGGCCCUGACGCCGAUCCGGGGGCAGAUGCGCAGGAACCACCGCCUGAAGGUGGGGUUCUUUAACCAGCAGGCGGCCGAGCAGCUGCGCCUGGAGGAGACGGCGGCCGAGUUCCUGCAGAGGAGCUUCAACCUCCCCCACCAGGACGCCCGGAAGUGCCUCGGGCGCUUCGGCCUCGAGGGCCACGCCCACACCCUGCAGAUCGCCAAGCUCUCAGGCGGGCAGAAGGCCCGGGUGGUCUUUGCAGAGCUGGCCUGUCGGGAGCCCGACGUGCUGAUCCUGGACGAGCCCACCAACAACCUGGACAUCGAGUCCAUCGACGCCUUGGCCGACGCCAUCAACGACUACAAGGGGGCGGUGAUCGUGGUGAGCCACGACGCCCGGCUGAUCACCGAGACCAACUGCCAGCUGUGGGUGGUGGAGGAGCAGGGACUGAGCCAGAUCGACGGCGACUUCGACGAUUACAAGAGGGAAGUGCUGGAGGCGCUGGGCGAGGUCGUUGUGCACCGGCCCCGCGAGUGAGGGGCUCACAGGGGGUCCUGCAGGGCCCUUUAGAUCCCAGGGAAAGUCCUGCCGGACCUUCCCUGGGAUCUAAGGGGUCCUGCAGGACUUGACUUG